CCCAAUUUGGCGCCUAAUUGGCCUUUGUGGUUCAAACAUUGAAAUCAGGGUUUUUGCAUCCUAAAUCUCAAAGCAACGAUGCGUCAGAACACCAAGAAAUUCAAACCUAACCCUAGAGAGACUUCGCGACAUAGCAUCAGGAGUUAUUCAAUAAGAGAUAUCAUUGGAGAUCGUCGCUUUAACCAUCAAUUUAGCCAUGCAAAUCCUCAUGGAACUGAAGGAAUAAAGAAGGUAAAAAGAAUGAAAGUUGAUGACACUGAAGCUGAUGAUCUCCCUAAUAUAAGACGAAGCUCUUCUUCCAAUCGAUGUGAAGUUGCGGAGGAUCCCAGACGUUGCUGUGGAUAUUUUGCAGCAAAAACUUCCGAGUAUGCAUUCUUCAAGAAAAUUAAGCAGACUACUUCUAGCAACAUACAUGUACAUCCGAAAUCUCAUGAUAAUCAAGUAAAAAAUGUGCAACAGAGUGAUCAUUCCACAAUAGAAGAGAUCCCUAAUAUGCAAAAAGAGAGUGUUAAAUACACCAGAUCUUCAUUUCCUGUUGAGAAAGAACUGGAUGAUGCCCACUAUUCCUUUCUUUCACCCCCAUUUUGUGGAUCAAAGAACUCAGAUGUUAAUAAACUACUUGAAGCCAGUGGUGCAAAUGUUCUAAAGGUUGUUACACCUCAGGAGUAUAAGCAGCUAUCUCCUCCAGUAAAAACCUCGGGGAAUAAAGGAGUGUUUUCUAUGAAGAGGGAGAAGUUACGCUGCAGGGUUGCAGAUAUAUCAUUAAAUGAAUAUGCUAAUGUCAGUGAACUCUCUUCAAAGGGGAUUGAUUUAGUUUCAGCUCUCAUCAGUAGGAUACUCCCAAAAGACCAUGAGAAGAAUUGUCAAGAUGAAACCAACUCGAAAUACAAACUGCCUUCUUCUUAUGUGUCAUUAAUGAAGUGUCAUGAAGCAAACAAAAGACAACCCAUCAAGUCUCUGUCUCACCAUAUGUCAUACUUAGAUGAUGAUUUUCCAUCAUCAUCAGAGAGACGACACCUGGAAUGGAAUCAUGAUAAUGAUUUGGAAUUUUCUUUUGCUCCAAAAUCUGGUUUUCAAUAUGAUCACUAUCAUUCAGAAGCUUACAAAACAAAAUGGAUUAAGUCUGGGCAUAUAUCAUCAUUGGAAUGGAAUCCUACAAGCUCAAAAUCUAGUAUUUGGUAUGAUCAGAGCUUCAGAAUUCCAUACUUGGGUGUGGAAUCUGAUAACUUGAAAGAUGUUGAGGAGUUUUGUUUUGAUAAUGAUCCUACACUGUUGGAAAAGCCAGUGCCUUUGUUGUUAGGUUGGGAGGAGAAGAGUGAGAGAGAUGAAUUUCAGAGAGAGAUGAACAAGCUUUCAAGCUCACAAGAUGAUGAUGAUGAUGAUGAUGGUGAUGAAAACCAACUUUGCAUGAUGCCUGUUGAGAGACACCUAAAAGAAGACCAUUUUGUGUCAUCAUCAUCAUCAUCAGUCAUAGAAUUACCAUACACUCCAAAAGAUGUUAUGCGAGUAGAAGAUUGCAGCAUAAAGAACGAUAGAUGGUGGCUGAAUGAGAAACAAGAAUCUUUUAGGUUUUUGUUAGAAUCUGAAUCGGCAUUACCUGUUAAGAAAGAGUUGAUACGCUUUAUUCAUUCUGAGGAUGAAAAGGAAAAUGAUUUUAUAAGCAGUGGUUACAGUUACAGUUACAGGGAGGGAUUUGAUGGGUACCCGUUGCUGCUGCUGGGAGUGGGUGAUGAUUCGUAUUCAAGUGAGAACCAACUAAAAUUACACACAUAG